GCAAUAGCUUUGUUCGUUGAAGGUUGAGCUUUGAUUGCAGUACAAAUGGAAGCGCUUAAAAUUAUCCUCUUGACAGCAGCAAUCUGUGUGAGGGGGGCAUCUCAAGACAACAUUGACAAAAUACUUCCACCAAAACUGUCAAUAGAGUCAAAAUGGAAAUCAUUUUAUCAAACUGAAAAAGUGACUCUAAAGUGUUCAGUUGAUCAAGAUUCAAAUAGAUGGACCUAUGAAUGGUUCAGAGAUGGAGUGCAGCUUCCAAAGGCUGAAGACAUUUACUUAUCAAGAAACACACUUUCAAUCAGCUCAGCAAAAUUGGGUCAUUCAGGAGUCUACACCUGCAAAGGAAAACAUCUGACGAGAAUGGAAGUGCCUACAUCUCAAAGCAAAAAUGUGCAACUUCGUAUUUAUGGCGUGAUACCAAAACCCCAAAUCAAAAAACGUAAGUGGUUUAAGCCAUUCUACACUGGGGAGAAAAUCCAGAUCAGUUGUGAAAGGAUUGGUGUUUUUUGGGAAUACAAAUGGUAUAGAAUUAAAGAAUCAAUUGAAACAGAGAUUAAAGGUGCAAAGCCAACCUUCAAUAUCAACUCAGCGUCUCUCUCUGACACUGGUGGAUAUCUCUGCAAAGCAAAAAGAGGAAAUUUAUCAGUGGAGAGUGAGACACUACAAAUGCAAAUUCAACAGCUGCCUCUACCACACAUCCAAUCUGAAUGGAUAGAAGCGUUUCCUGGUGAGAAAGUGUCUAUGCAAUGUGUGCUUCAAGAUACAUCAGAAAACUGGAUCUACUUGUGGUUCAGGGGCUCAGUAGAACUUGUCCACAAUAAUGUAACAAGCAUAAAAGGAAACAAUCUCACACUCUCAGUUCAGUCCAAUCAUUAUGGAGAGUAUGAGUGUCAAGCUGAGCUGAAGGGCAGGAUGGUGAAAACUGCAAAAAGCAAAACACAAUCAUUAACAGUUCAUGCAUCACAGCCAACAAUCAUUCUCAAGCAAGAUCCAGCAUAUCCAGAGUUAUACACAGGGGAACAAGUCAAACUUCACUGCAGCAUUCAAGAGCAAAUGUUUCAAUGGGAAUAUCUGUGGCAGAAAGAUUCAGGUGACAAAAAGGUGCAAGUAAACAGUGACCUCAAAAACCCUGUUUACACAAUCUCAAGUGCUGUAUACUCUGACAAUGGGUCAUACAGUUGUCAAGUAAAAACAAGAGGGGUCCAAUUUUCAUCUACAGAGUUUAUAAAUCUGGUCAUAAGAGAACCACCUCAACCAAAAUUGUCAAUAGAGUCUGAAUGGAAAUCCUUUUACCAAACUGAAAAAGUGACCCUGAAGUGUUCAGUUGAUGGAGAAUCAAAUGAAUGGGGCUAUGAAUGGCUCAGAGAUGCAGUUCAGCUUCCUAAUGAUGAAAGCAUUUCUUUAUCUGGAAACACACUCUCAAUCAGCUCAGCAAGCAUUGGUCAUUCAGGAGUGUACAGCUGCAAAGGAAAACAUCUGACGAGAACACCAGUGACUACAGCAGAAAGUGAAAACAUGCAGCUUCGUGUUGAUGGUGUGAUGCCUAAACCACGCUUAGAAAAACAUGAGUGGUUUAAACCCUUCUACGCUGGUGAGAAAAUUCAGCUUGACUGUGACAUGUCUGGUGUUGGUUGGGAGUACAGCUGGUAUAAAGUCAAAGAAUCUUAGCAAACUGAACAAAUAAACAAAAAUCCAGCCUGCACUAUCAACUUGGAAUCUGUCUCUGACACUGGUGGCUAUCUCUGCAAAGCAAAGAGAGGAAACUACUCAGUGAACAGCGAGACUCUACAAGUGCAAGUUCAAAAACGACCUGAACCACACAUUCAAUCUGAAUGGACAGAGGUGUUUCCUGGUGAGAAAGUGUCUAUGCAGUGUGUGCUUCAAGAUACAUCAGAAAACUGGAUCUACUUGUGGUUCAGGAGCACAAUAGAAAUUGUAUCCAGUGAAGAAACAAACAUAAAAGGAGACACUCUCACAUUCGCAGUUCAGUCUAACCAUAAUGAGGACUAUGAGUGUCAAGCUGAGCUGAAGGGCAGGAUGGUGAAAACUGGAAAAAGCAAAACAAAAUCAUUGACAGUUCAUGCUCUUCCAGUUGCCGUGCUGACUCUGGAAACUGAUCUGAGUGAUAUCAUGAAGGGUGAAAUAACCCUCAGGUGUAACAUCUCAGAUAGCAGACAGUGGAACUACACCUGGUAUAAGAAUGAAAAGAUGCUCAAUGCUUCAUCAGAAACACUGACCGUGAAAGGAACCAAAGAAACAAUUAAAUGUGAAUUCAAAUGCAAAGGAGUUAGGACAGAGAUACCACUUUUCUCUGCUACAAGUGAGGGUUAUGUAGCCAAUAAUUUAAUGUUCAAAAGAAAAAUACUUCUGUCCAUCUCUGGAAUUCUCAUCUGCUUUAUUGUAAUUGUGAUCCUUGGAUGCAUCAUUCUAAUAGGCAAAUAUAUAAGACCCAUGAAAUCAUAUAGAAUUGUGGAGAAGAGAGAAACAGAGGACUGGUAUUCUCAGAGGCAGAGUCAACAAACGAGGCGGCUUUACAAUUAAGGAAGUACAUGAACUACAUACCAACAGUGAGAAUGUAUGUGUCAUUUACUGUGUUUUGCAGACAUCAUAAUCAAACAUAUAUACCAAUUAACUUCAACAAAUGAUACUCUCUGUAUCAUAAACCUUACACCUGUGCUAAACCCUAAAUGCUGGGUUGAGAUUUUCAGUCUCUAUAUCUGAGUCAUGGCACCAAAACUGUUGUGAAUUUGAAGAAGAGGCAAAACCAAGAGGAUCUUCAAAGCAGAAUCCUUUAAUAAGAACUGGCUGUCGCUGUGGCAUUCAUCAUAAAAUCUCUUAACUACUACAGCUGGCACUUUAGUUUAGUGGGCAGUGUUUUCCGGGCCUUGCCUGAAAGUAUCAGAUGGCCAUUUGUUAGAAAAGAGACAGCUAUGUCUGGAACUGACAAUACGCAUUACUUUGGAGACAUGAUACUGUAUUUCACACAUAGGCAGUCAAACCUGAUCCCUUAUAAUGCGUCUUACAAUGUAAAAACAUAAUUUAUAUAUUUAAAGAAAUUAGUAAUCUUUCAUAGGCAUUGCAAAGAAACGCCUUACAAUAUUUUUACAGAAAUCCAUUGUUUUGCCUGUAAAUAAUUCCA